CAUAACCACACAACGUAGACGCUUAAAAAUGCCAAAAAACCCCCCAGCCAGCCCAGGAGGAUUAUUUGCCGUAGAAUCAGAGAAACCUAAAAGCGGAAUCUCCGCACCGCAGAGACCUUCAUCAAUCUUCCCUUCCUAAAUAUAAAUAAAGAAAAAUCCCUACAAAAUUUUGAAACACGCACCUCCGCUUCAAAGUUCAAACUCCGCUCCACGGAUCCCGAUAAGUUUUGAAUUUUUAUCGCACAUCAUGAAAGCAUCGCUCAAGUUCCGGGAGGACCAGAAGCCACUGUUUAGGGCCAAAGUUCCUCUCACUGUACUGGGCUUUCCGUUCCAAUCAGGAGUUGUGGCUGGGGACUCCAAGGAGCUCACUCUCAAUCUCGCAACUUUCUUCGAAUCUGGACCCUCCAUGAAGCUCUCCUAUCGACCCAACGAUACAUGGAAUCCUUUCUCCCUCGUCGUCAAGACUGGAACCGGAUCGUUCGGUUCUCCGGUGUCGAGUUCUAUGCUGAUGAGCGCCGAGUUCAGUCUCCUCGGCCGUGGAAACCCUACCUUCAUGCUCCACUUCAAGCCUCAGUUUGGGGACUUCUCUAUCAAGAAGUCUCAGUCCUCUUCGGUUCUUGAUAAGGUUACUGGUCACCAGAACGGUGCCGUUUCAGAAGUUGAUGGAUCUAUUGAGGUUGUAGAGAAAUCGGAGGUGAACAGCGGGUUUUACGGAAAGAGUAUUACGGUGCUUCAGCCAUAUACUGCUGGGGCUCUUGCAAGCGCUUUGUCCGGCAUCGAAGUGACGGCCAGGACGGCUCUUCCGGUUAGGAGCCACGCCGUUCUGAAUUUCCGAUGGGGUGUCAGGUUUCCGGCGGAGAUGAAGAGUGUUGAUCCAACGGCUGGGAUUUCACUGAAGAAGAUCCCCUUUUUGGUGAUGAACAAGAUUGGAAUCGAACACGUGGACGGUAAGGAUUCGAAGGAGAAGUCUGCGAAGGUUAACAAUGAUUUAUAUCUCCUUGGAGUCAGUGACAUCGGAGAAGCCUGUUUCGCUGUGAAGCGUCAAUUGGAGAUUUUGCAAGCUGAGAACAGUUUAUUGAAGAGAGCUGUAGAGGAUCUCCGGCAAGAAAUUGGGUCCACAAAGUCUCUUUCGCUUGCUGGAGAUUCAAAUUCCGGCAAAUAUAGAGAAACUGAGAGACCUGGAAUGAAGGGUAAAAUGGAUCGUCGAUUCACUGAGAAGUCGAUGGAGGGAGAUGGGAGUGAGAAGGCAGCUACUAAUGCUGCCUAAACUCGUCGACCUGGCUCCGGUAGGUGCUUUUCAAAUUUUUGUUCAUCUGAAUUUUGUUUUUUCUACGCAAUGGGCUGGUUGAUGUGGUUAAGCUUAUGGCAAUUUCCUGUGUAUAUUGUCUAUAGUUGAAACAAUGUGGAGUAUCUAUUGGGUUUUGUUUGAAUCAUGAUUUGAACUAGAGAUCCAUAUGACUCUGAUGUUAUAUAGAAGAAGAGAUUUUCCUGAAUCAAUGUUUUCAGCAUCUGAACUUUA